AUGUGGAAACCUGAAGCCAAAACGGAUAGUGGAAAAGCAGUAAAAUACGAGUCAGUAGGGCAAAACAAGGGGAAGAAGAAGAAAAAGAAGAGGAUGGAGGCCGCACGUGCUGACACAACCCCAUCUCAUGGUGCUUUAAGCAUGUCGAGUGAACCUGAAAAAGAGAGAUCCUUAGAACAAAUGCGGGCUAAACUUGCUGUGACAAUAGAGGAAUUACUGGAUCCAUCCAGGCAAGACACCCUUGACCAUCUCGAACAAAGAUCAAUGUCCAUCGAAGCGUCGGCCGAAUCUUUCAGUAGAUCUGCCAAAGUCAUGAAAAAGAAAUCACCGAUGAGUGCAUUGUUUGGUUGGAUGAGGGGAAAAGACAAAAAAGAAAAGCAAGAAGCAGCAAAGGAAACAAGGCGCGGCAAGAGUUUAAGCAUCAGAAGUAAACAAAAAUCGCGGGGCCCGAGAGCAGUAGCACGCGACCCAUCAAGGUCAUAUGGCAUGUCUGCCACAAGUAGACGUUCAAUGCUAACUGAGGAAAGAAAAAUAAGUGCACGCUUCAUGAUGGAAAGGGGUGCAGGUGAUGGAAUGCUGGCAGAAGCGCUUGAGGAUUAUUAUGAGAUAGAAGAAGGUGAUGAGAAGAUACCAGCACCUUACCCACCACUGCCACCACUACCACCAGGCGCUGCACCACCAUCACCACCCGGAGCUGCACCACCGCCAUCACCACCACCAGGCGCUGCACCACCACCACCCGGAGCUGCACCACCGCCACCACCACCGCCACCGCCACCGCCACUAAUGCCCGUCCUUUCUUCUUUACGGCGUAUCCGAAUGGCUGACGCAGAUAACCACCUCAUGCUCGGUUCGUUUUCAAGUGCAAGAGCAAUAGCAACACCGCCACCACCACCCGGAGGUGCGCCGAUGCACAUCUAUUCUAGUUUACCGCGUUCCGGAAUGGCUGAAGCAGAUGAUAUUAUGCUCGGUUCAAUUUUUUUAAGAAGAGUAAUAGGGGACGAUGACGAUGUAUCAAGUGAGAGUGACAUAUGGGAAGAUGAUGAGGAACAGCACCCUAUGGAGGAGUUAAGAUCACCGAUCAAGAUUAAAGAGUCGAAGAGGAAUAUGUCAGAAAUCAACCGCGUGAUAUCAGAACAAGAUAAGAAUGGUAUCUGGACAUGGAAGGAUCAUGAACACAUGGUAGAUGACUUGUUCGUCAUGGAUUUCCAGGAGAUAUAUACGUAUUGUUGCAAGCUCCCAGUACCAUCCCACAUUCGUCGGGAUCUCCAUUCCAUCCUACUUACCCUCCUCCUCAUUCUCUAUCUGAGGGAGGUUCUAUCACAAAUGGACAGCAUCCCUCUACCCCGCCCUCUCCAGUCUCAUGGGGGUAAAGGUAUGGCUCAUGGGGAUUGCAUCACACGCGCAGAAGAAUGGAUUAGUCGACAACAUCCAACUCAAGUAAAAUCCAUAAGGAAGAUGCUAGAAGCUAACUUUGAACGCAGAAAAUAACUAAAUUAAAAGAAUAAUAAGUGUGGUUUACUUUCGUAACAAUGUGAGGCGAGAAUGAUACGAAAUGUUUAAGCGAGUUUCGUCAGUUCUGAUCCGUGGUUAUGGAUUAAAUCUUGGAUUAACAUAUUUAUGUGGUAGUUAACGACUUUUAAUUCUUGAUUUCAUUAUGAAUUUUAAGUCUGACAACAUAAUUGAAACAGAAUAGAGUAACCAUUGUCAACUUUGACGAUGUAUACAAUCAUUUCAAUAUUAAGAUUGUGAAUACAUGGAUUUGAACAAGGUGGACACAAGAUAACACUGUGAUUGUGCUUUGUAUAAUACGUUUCCACCAUAUAUUGGCAUGGUUGAAAUAAUGGUGGAUACUAUGAAGAUUGCAAUCUACACAAUGUACAAUCAAUUUACCUUCCACCAUUAAAAGCAUAUUUUGUUUAAUGAAGCGGGCACAGACGCAAACUUUUACUCAAAUUCUAAUUUCUUGACACUUUGUCUGUUUUUGGUUUUGCUUGUUUAUGUUUUAGCUAUGAGAGUGAGUCAUACCCCUAAAACAGACCUAUUUGAAUAUCAUGGUACAAUGUAAAAUAUAUGUUAACUGGAGAUGUAACAUACAUGUAAAUACAUCCACAUGCUGAACUGAAGUAACUAUAAACUGAUAGAAUACUAAUUGUCUCGCCCGAUACUAACUGGAAUUUGAGUUUGAGUUGAUGAAAUGAAAUCCACAUCCCAGAGCCAUCAACUCUGGUGUGGUUAUUUUUUCAAUCACGACUUACGAUCAAAUAUAUCUUUACAUAAUAUAUGGUAUUUGAAAACUAAUUUCUGAAUGUUAUACUUUACUUUACAAGGUGUAUAUAAUUUUACAUAUUUAGUUGUCUUUGUAUUACGAUAUGUUAUUGUAUAUACCAAAUGUACUCCAAGGAGCGAAUUGAGGAUAUAAUUACUGAUAAUAUUUGUCCUUCUGUCUUUCCAAGGUUUUAUUCCGUAGUCUAUACAAUCUGCGCUUCCAUAAUUACCGUCUCCGCGUUUAAACGAUCAUAAAAAGAAUUAUAUUAUAGAUAAUUAUAUUAUAUAAAGUUGUGUUCAAUGUUAAAAUCUUUAUUAUAUCCUUGUACUUUUAUGCACCUCAACCUUUAAGGAAGACCGCUAAUAUAAUAAUGCUGUCUAUUUUCUAUCUCUGUGUAUUAUAUACUUAACAGGUUAUAUUGGCUUGUAUUAGACUGAAAUGAUGAGUCGUAAGUUCGGUUUGUAAUGUAUAUUUGCCAAUCAUGGUUUAUUGCUAUAUACAUGUAUAUAUAUUGUUACACAUGAGAGCAAAUUAUUUUCAUAAUAAUCAUUAACUUACUGUACAUUUCACACAAGUAAGACUACAUUAAUAAUACAAGCCACAUAGUAAAUACAAAAUAAAAUAUAAAUACAACUAUAUAUAUAGGGCCUUUGGUCAAGCAAGAUGAUGGUAAUCUUAUUCUAUUCAGUGUUUCUAAAAAAUUCCUCACACUAUCAUUUAAAGCAAAACUACACUGUACAUGUUAUAAUCACAUAUUAUCACAUGCAUGCACUGAUACAGAAUGUGGGUACGUUUAAUUGAUCGUUUGUUUUAUACAUGGUAAGAUGACAUACUUGAAAAGAGUACAAAUUACUUGUGCGUUUGGCAAGACUGAUUCAAUUUAAGUCGUCGGUCUUUGUAGUAGGAAAAUACACAAUAACCUAUCCCUUCCAGCAAAUGACGUCUAUGGCUUUGUAUUAUCCAUCGUUUUGAAAAAUUUCAAAUUUUAUUAAUAACGAAUGUAUACUGUUCUCUACACCUGUGAAAUUGUUUUAAUUUUUUAAUAAUUGGAAAAGAUAAAAUAUAAUUUACGUGAAUAUUUACAAAGCAUGAUAUCAUUUGUAGGCGGACAAUGCACCUUGUAUUAUGUAUCUCAUUAUGUGAAUAUUCACAGGUCCUUCUGUUUUAUUUACAUGAAAAUGCACUUAUAAAACACAUAUUGCAUUGAAAUAUCUAGCUUUAGUGAUCACUAAAAUGAAAUCUAUUGUAAACCUUUUUAAUUCUUCAUUAUGAUGACACCGAGGUAAGUUAUUUUCGAGGCAAUGUAACAAUGAAAUAAGGCUUUAAUAAAUAUUUUUUGUUUAAAGUAUGGA